AAAAAAAAAAAAAAAAAAAAAAAAUCUGUUUCUUUCUUUGUAAAAAAAUAUAAAGAUUUUGAAAGUGCGGUACAGGAGAGGAGAGGAAGUACGCAGGGCGAUGAGUAGAAUGGCAACAAGACUCUUGGAACGAGUCUUUGUGAAGGCCCAGAUCCGCUCUGCAUGGAAUAAACUGCAUACGAUGACAGAGCAUGGUGAACUUGCCUCUGCGCUUGAAUCCCUUAUUCAUCUCACAGAAACAGAUUCAUCUUACUGUGAGUUGAUUGGGGUGAUGGUGGAUAUGAUCUCGACAGAUAAUCUGGGGAUUACAGCUCCAUUCCUAUGCCACAUCAUCGACAUGGCUGCAUUACCCUCACAACAAACCACGAGGAAACUAUCACAACAACUUUUAUCAAAAUGUGAUCAAGGUGGUGGAAUUGUUCGAAUCCGUUCAAAAAAGAAGAACAGAUCAGCAGCAGCCUUGAUCUGGAGCGUCCUCGCCAAUCGACUUGCAGGGGAGAGAUGUUCGGUCCUGUUCUCAGAUGCGGUUUGUGAAUGUCUUUUGAGGAAUAUCGAGAGUGAUCCGGAUAUGAUCUGUAAAGUCUUCUCAAUCAUUGCCCUGGAGAAAUUCAGUCUCACAGGCCCUUGUAAAUCUCGGAUCAUGCGGACCAACAUUCGUAAGCUCUUGCAGACGACCGCAGCACUAUGUUUGCCUUCAACAGCGAGCAACGGUGGUCUGGUAGAUCCAGAGGAGUUGUCCGGCAUCUUGCAGGCCAAGUUCUGUGCUGCCUGGUCUCUAAGGAACGUAUUCCGGGAUAUAUCAGAGACCAACAAAUCCAUCGGAUCCAACAAUCAACACGUUGACACAUCCAUUCACCCUACUACUACAACUAGUACAACUACUACCACUACUACUACCACUACUACUAAUCCAAAAGCAGAUUCGGGCCAUAACAUCAAUGUGAUGCUCAACACCCUGGACGGUACGAGACACUGGAAGAUUUCUGAGGAUGGACUGACGAUCAGGAACGAUGGAACGACUUUUGAAUCCAUUCGGGCGACAGUGAGUGUUCAUCAGGGCAAAUGGUUCUAUGAGGUCACACUUGUCACAGCUGGGAUCAUGCAGCUGGGAUGGGCGACAAUCCACUGUCAUUUCUCACCAGAGGAAGGAACAGGCAUUGGUGACGACAUUUUUGGCUUUGCAUACGAUGGAUGCAGGAACCUGAUUUGGGCAGAUGCAAGUUCAGAAACGUAUGGCAAUUCAGAGCCAUGGAAAGCAGGCGAUAUAGUGGGGGUUUAUCUGGAUGUGGACAAUGCUAUCAUGGAAGUCUUUUUGAACGGCAAGGCCCUUGGUCCAGUGACCCCAUUGGAUAUAGAUCAUUUCAAUAUCCAGGCCAACUCUGGAUUCUAUCCAGCCUUCUCCUGUACUUCUUUCCAACAGGCGACAGUCAACUUUGGUGCUACACCAUUCAAAUACCCGCCCGCGUUGCCUUGGAGGAAUCUGAAUGAUUAUGGCAAAAUCUCUCAAGAGACGAGGGAGGCAAUUGUGCGGCCCAAGAACGAUAGCGUGUACGGACGAAUCCAGGUGGAUCCUGUGACGGGGAUCCGGUUGCCUUCGAUGCCGGAGGAUGAUGUUGAGAUUGACUACAGUUUGCUCUGCACCAUCUGCUGCGAUCAUUCUGCAACAGUGACCCUGCAGCCAUGUGGCCACGAUGGUCUUUGUGUCGAGUGUGCGUAUUCAUUGGAUACAUGCCCACUUUGUAGAUCUCGUAUUUUCCAGCGACAAAUGUUCUCAAGUACAGAUUCAAAGGAUGGUCUAGAAUCCGCCAACAGUGCUCUUGGAAUCUCUGGAGCCUCAGACGAUACAUCUGCAAUUACUGAUAGUAUUAAUAAUAACAACAACAACAACAACAAUAAUAAUAAUAUUAAUAUUAAUAAUAAUAAUAAUCGCAACAGUAGCGCCAGCAGCGCCAGCAAUAGCAGUAUCAGCAGUAAUGCUCAAGGGCUUCCCAAUUCGAACAGCUCUACCUCAACAUGGUCUGCAGAGUACUGUGGACCACCCAAUGCGAACGUAUCCUCGUCAAUAAGCCUUCAUCCUACAACACAUUCAGAUCCUAUUACUUCUCGACGCCAUCAACUUCAUCCAACUUCUGUCUCUGAAUCAGCUUCAGCCUCUGCAUCUGCAUCUACAUCUACAACUACAACUACCUCUGUAUCCGCUGCUGCAGCGGCUCUUGUGGCCGCGGCUUCGGCAGCCUUGAGUCAAAGCAACCUGUCCUCUGAAUCCCUAUCCUCUCGACUCAGGAAUACAUCCCUCGCAUCCAUCACAGCGGCCAAUGCCACAGCCGGCACGGGAACAACCACAGGGCCCUCGUCAUCCAGCUCUGCUAGUAGGUUAACAGCGAUAGAACAGGAUUGUCUGAGCGAUCCAUUCUCGCCUCCGUCGACGGCCUAUUUCACAUUCCUGAAUCGACCCCCAAGGAAUCAACGGAGUCAAUUGCAACAUCCAUUGGAUACAGAGCUACCAACAGGAACAGGGACGGGAGCAGGGAGUGUAGAUCCAUUGGAGCCAUCUUCGCUUACUCAACGAUCUCUUCUGCAACAGUCGGUGCAGCAGGGAGCUCAGCAACAACGGUCUACCAGUCAUCCUCAUUCACAGUCUUCGUCACGGCCAACGUCUGCAAACUCUUCAAACUCACGAUCGGGUGUGGGUUUAGGAUUGGGCAUAGGUAUAGGCUCAGGAUCGAGAUUAGGACUAGGACUGGACUUGGACGUGAAUGGGAACGUGAUUGAGACUACAGAGUCGCCGGUCCUCUAUAAUAGCGAGAGCAAUACCGAUCUUUAUCUCGGCAAUGUUGAGCAAAGGGAGGAUGAACAAGGAAGGGGAGAGGAAGAAGUAGAAGGGAACGAAGGCAUUAGGCGACAACAACAACAAGAAGAAGAAGAAGAAGAGGAAGAGGAAGAGGAAGAGGAAGAAGAAGACUUGGGGAAUGAGAUGGAUGUGGCAUUGGUGGAAGAAGGACGUGAGGCUUCAGUUAGUGAAGUGAUGGAGCAGAGUGCGCCUGAUUUCUUUUCAGAUGGACAUCCUAUCCAUUCCAGAAGAAGUAGUAUCCAGAUCUUGGCCUCUGUGCCCUCUAUGCCCUCGAUCAUGAGUAAUUCGUCCUCAGGACUGGGUCUGGGUCUGGGUUUGGGACUAAAUCCGGUUCCAGAGGGAGUAAACUCAAAUGCAAGUAGUGGCAACGCAUCAUUGGACGCUGCAGCGCUGAGUGCUGCGUUGAAUGAUAUCGCGACUGUGAGUGAGACAAUCGCAGCAGCAGCAGCAGCAGCAGGAGGAGGAGGAGGAGGGGGAGGAGGAGGGGGUGUUGUUGAUGCUCAACAUUAUCCAGUUUUCCCAACAGCAGGUCCUCCUCCAGGGAUAGGAAUAGGAAUAGGGAUAGGGAUAGGACCAGCCAACACUCGAUUUGGAAAUCGACGCGCGUCCAUGCCUAGUAACCGUUUGGAGAUGUAGAGCAAUGACAUGGAUCCUCCAUUACCUUGGCUAUCAUGGCUAUCCUGGCUAUCGUGGCUAUCAUUGCCAUCAUUGCCAUCAUUACCAUUGUUACCACUAUUGUUAUUAUUAUCCUUGCUAUUAUUACUAUUAUUAUUAUUAAUAUUAUUCCUGUAGAUUUUGUAUUUUUUUUUCUUUUCUUUUCAUGUUCAUUGUUACUAUAGAAG